GUGACAGACCAAUGUGUCCAAUUUGUGUCCCAUUCAAAAGGCAAGACCACCAUGUAGAUUGCACUCAGUACAUGCCUGCUCAAAACAUGCUGCCCUCCCUGAGACUGCAGGUGGAAAUGCUUUCACAUGGAACGCCUCUGUCCCAAAGGAUAGUCGGAGCAAGUCAAGAUGCUUCAUGCUGAAAGUAGAGUAAGGCUCUUGGAGUGUCAGGAUGAAAUCACGAUUGAACCAUGUUCUAAAAAAAUGAAGUCAACGGAAGGGGCUUAUGAGAAACUCUCUCAGGAUGACAACCAGUACAUUCAGGAUGAAGUGGACCCUGACAGAACUUGUAAUGAUUUGACACCAGUGUAUGUCUCAGAAAGCCAAGGGGAACAUGAACUACAAAAGCAAGAGGAAAUACCCAUGGGUGUCUUGGGAACACCAAAUGAAGUGCUUCCUGAAAAUAAUCUAGAGCUUAGUCAGCCACUUGAUUCAGAGAUUGCAGAGAAUAUAAAUCCUCCAUUUGUAUCAAUAAGCAGCACCAAAGUUGAAGAAGAAAAAGAUCUUCUUACAUCAAAUAAUGUUGAUGAUGAUAAUGUUAAAAAUACAAGUAAAACAUUCUCACUAAAUAGAAGUGAAUGGGAUGAUGAGUUUAUUACAAGCAAAGAAUUUAUUGGACCGAUUUACAAGCCUGCUGAAAGUAACAAACAGGACAAAUCUGAAAGUUGUGAAUGUAGAAGCGAUGCAGGAGAUCAGGGUGAACUGCAUGAAAACAGAGAUAAAAGAAAGGAAGCAAAGACAAUGGAAAAUGUUUCUUCUGCUGUACCAGAAAUGGAUGAUGAACUGAACCAGUUCUAUAAGGAAAUUCACCAGCUGGAAAGUGAAAAUUUAAACACAUUUCAGGAGAAAGAAACUGAAACCUCUCAGGAGCAAUAUUCUGCAUAUAAUUGCAGUCAGACAUCACAAGAGGAUCAUCAACGUUCAUCGCUGGGCAGCCCACGACCAUUUAAUGAGAACGGACAGUGUUUCUCUGGAGAAGAGCAAAGUCAGAAAACAAGCAGCGAGCAGCAGUUUGCCACAGAAACAAGUGGCUGGAAACCUGAAAAUACCAUUAAUGGACAAAUAGAUUCUGAGUAUUGGAACAACUCAGUGCCUGAAUUCAGACCUGCCUGGCAGUCAACCAAGUCUUUCAUAGUACCUCAGGGGCUUCUUCCUCCUAGACUGAGCCAUCAGUCGCAUUUUCAGAUACUGAAUUCCCCACCACAAAAAGCAAACACUUUCCUUUCUCAGCAUGAUGAUUUUUCUUAUAAAAAUUACUGUGGUUACCGUGGAAAUAAUGAUACCAACUGUCAUAGUCCAUUGCCUGAUCCAAGUCAUACUGAUAUCUAUAGUGCUCAGGUCUUCAGGAAUGGAAAUAAUGAGCAGAAUGGACCUCAAAAUAAUGGUUUCUGUGAAACCAGAGAAGAGUGUUGGAAGGAUCCAAAAAUGUACAGUACAGAAGGAAUGCACAGAUUUUCUUCCUUGCAGUUCCCUGAAGAAAGAUAUGGUUGUGCACAGAAAGUGCUCCUAAUCUUAAGAGGCCUACCUGGUUCAGGGAAAUCAACACUUUCUCGUAUUCUGCUUGGUGAAAGCUGUGAUGGCAUUGUACUCAGCACCGAUGAUUAUUUUCGUCAACAAGAUGGCUAUAUGUAUAAUGUCGUUCAGCUUGGUGAUGCUCAUGACUGGAACCAGAAGAGAGCAAAGCAAGCAAUGGAGCAGGGAAGAUCUCCAGUUAUAAUAGACAACACUAAUACUCAAGCCUGGGAGAUGAAACCAUAUGUGGAAGUGGCUCUAGAAAAGGGAUACAGAGUGGAGUUCCAUGAGCCUGAUACUUGGUGGAAGUUUGAUCCUGAAGAAUUAGAAAAGAGGAAUAAACAUGGGGUCACUCGUGAGAAGAUUGCUCAGAUGUUGGAACGAUACGAAUAUCAAAUAUCCAUACCUAUUGUCAUGAAUUCAGUUGCACCUCCUCACAAACACACACAAAGGCCACCUCUGCAGCGAAGACAUAGGGAGAUAAUUUUAAGGAAGAACCAUGGGCACCCAUUAACAAAAGCAAAGCAGAGGAAAAAGCGAAGAAGAAGCAAAAAAAUGAAAGGCAAUCAUACAGAAAUCAUGAAGAAAAAGUUAGGUGGAGGAACUCAUCUCAUUCCAGAUGACCAGGAAACAUCAGAAAGUGAGGAGGAUGAUUCAGAAGAAGAAAACAGAAAGUCUUUGUCUACAUUUGGUGAAGGUCCCGAGGAUCCAGUAACAGGUUGUGAAGAGCAGCCAAAGGAUGAUCGUGAAAGCCUUAAAGAAUUUGCAAGGUUCUCAAAAGAAGGGUCUCCUAUCACUGUGCCUGAGAUCUCAGCGGUGUCCAGCAGUGCACUGGAAAAUGAAUUGCCUGCAGAUAGUGACAGUUCACUUCUAAUAGAUGUAAAACCUUUAUGUACUGUAAACCAAACCAAAAAUGCUUUUGAUUUUGAGGAAACAAAUCAAAGGCACGAUGAAAAUCUCUGCAAGAGCAGUUCUCUAAAAAUAAACAAUGAUAAAAAUUCCAUCCAAAAACCAAAAUGCAACUGUGAAGAUAACAGCCUGCUGUUGAGCACAGAAAACAAACUUAAAAUUACAUGUGAGCCUGACACAGAAGUUAAACUGUUAUGUUUAAAUGGUGAAAAAAAAGAAGUCUCUUUGUGUUCCAAUUCAGAACUAAAUUAUGAUGUGCCUGAUAGUAACACAGACAAUAAAAGUGCAUUAAAACCAGAAGAGAAUUGCUCUAAUGGCUGGGCUUUUUUUUCAAUUAAUUUAUCUACCGAGGAAUUGCAGCUGGGCUCUGAUAGACAAUUUUCCCUCUCCUCUUGGUCUGAGGAUGAGUUUGUAGGUGAACAAAGACUAAAAACUGUGAGGAAACCUGAACAGAUUUAUACUAACAGUUCAACAGAGAUAAAUUGUCAUUGGUCAAAUGAAGGACUGCUAAAGGAAAACCGCCAGGUACCAUUAACCAAGGAGGCUGGUAAUGUAACAAGCAAUGGUCUGUUGGCAUCUCCAGCUGGUGAAAUGCACGUGGGUUCACUUGGGGAAUCCAGGAACACCUCCCCACGCGGUUCGAGUGAAGUAAAUGUUCCAAGAAAUGAUGCUGCACCUGUUGCAUCAAGGAGGAAAAGACACAGAAGAAUUGUCAACUUGGCACCCAAGUUUAAUGUACCGAGAGAGAUUGCCGGUAGUACAGAGGGAGGGAAGGAAAUCCCAUUAAAAGAUGAUGGUCCCUCAAAAAGUGUUUUAGAAGUGGAGCAAAAGAGCUUUCUAAACCAAGACUGUGGAGAGGAACAUGAACAAAACCUUGAGUUUCCAGAAUAUUCUGCACCCUGCAGUGGCCCAGAGACUCCCUGUUCUGUGCCCACCCCUGAUGUGGAUUCUCUGUUACAAGAUAUUUCAUAUUUUCAUUUGGGACAAUCUUCUCCUAUGCCAAAAUAUUCUUGUAGUGUUUGUGUAAUUUCCAGCUCAGAGGAGGAGCAAGCUAGUACUCCUAGGCAACAACAGGUGGUUGAUAAGAAAACGAGUGAGAAUGAACAAGCCUCUUCAGAGGUUACGAACAAACAACCAGAUAUUUUGUCUUCUCUUAAAGUUCUCUCUGAAUAUCCAGAAGAUCCUUGUGUAUUAGAAAGCUGUGUUGAAAAUGUGCAUAGAACAGAUGAUCCAGAGCCAUCAGAGGCCUUUCCACCUGAAGAUACUCAAGAUGUGAAUAUUAAAGCUAGCUUUCUGGGACUUCCCUUAUCAAUAGGAUUUGCUUUUCAACUUGUGCAGCUCUUUGGUUCUCCAGGUCUUCCACUGGAAUCCUUGUUGCCAGAUGAUUAUGUAGUUCCUCUUGACUGGAAAGUUUCAAAGAUGAUCUAUUUACUGUGGAAGACCUCUGUGGAGGAGAAACAGAAAACCAGUGGAUUGCAAAACAGAAAUGCUUUGGCUGAUGAUAUAAUUAGCCUUGAAGAUCUAAAUAAAAAUUGCCAAGAGAAUGAAGACACUUCUGAUACGCUUCCAGAAGCGGAAUUACUUCAAGGGCUCAUAGAAGAAAACAUCACAAGCUAUGCUAGCAGUGGCUGUCUGGAUGCUGUGCUUCCUCAGUCAUAACUGACCAUCUUUAAAAAAAAAAACCUGCAUGAAGGAAAAGAAACUUUUCACUUUGAUUCCACCAUGGAUGGACUUCAGUUUGCAACCAAGGAUUUUAAAUGUAAGGAGUAACCUGGAAGAAAGUUACCAGUGUGACUUAUUUUUGGUGUGAAUCUGUGGCCAUCUGUUUUUUUUUCCUCCACCUAGAUCAAGUUCUCUGUCCACAUAAUAAAAAUCAAAAUUGGGAUAAUUUUUUAUUGCUUAGUGAAAGGUCCCUUUCUGACACCCUUCUCUUCACGUUUGAGCAUGAUAUAAGGAGACUGAAAGUAGCACCAAGGAGGUGUCUGUCCACAUGAGGUGUGAACGUCAGGCUCUGGUGUUUAACGCACUUGUCUGAGGGCCCCAAAUUUUGCUACAGGAACUGGGACAUGAACUAGUAACAAUACCUGCCUGCAGGGAAAUAUGUCUUUUUUUCUGUUUUUAAUGAAGUGUCUUAUCCAACUUCUGCCUGCUCUUACCUUUCAUCCUCUUACUGAUAAUUACCUCCCAGUCUCUUUAUGAUGUUAAGUGGAAAAAGUCUUCAUCAAUCUCUCCUUCCCACUCUUUUAUCCGUAGCUGCACAACUUACAUUGUUUUCUCCUGGAAUGAUGCUUCAUGUUUCCCUCCAGCUAGGUUCAUUUGGGACUAUAGAUAUAAGAAGGAAGUUCUGCUAUAGAUCUGGUUCACUGGAAGAAAAUUGUGCAUGGUUUGUGUUAGAUGGAUAAGACUUAUAACUAAAAAAAAAACGGUAAUUGGUGACUUGAUGUUUGUUAGAGGUAUUCCUUUUGCCAUUGUUUUUACUUAAAAUUCUUAUGUAAGGAGAAAUUUAAAGUAAAAGCAGUUCUUUUCUGUUACUGAGGAAAUUAUCCCAGUAUCACUACUGGAGUGUUGGCUUCCUGAGGGAGAGGAGCAACGGAAUUUGAUGAGCACUUAAGAAUAAAAUCUAAGAUUUUGCUCAUGCAAAUUUCUGUAAAAGGCCCCCAGAGGUAGCAGAAAUAAUUACAUAUGUGAAGUGAGCUAAAUAACCUAAGCGACAAAUUUCAUCCCAUGUUUUUAAAACACAGUAUCAUCUUUUUGUUUUGUUUUGUGUUUUCCCAAGGUGUGGUUAGAUUCAUCUAUGUUUUGCUUUCUGUGGAGGUUGUAAACAGGGCCAGGCUUCUCUGCCAGCGCUCUCUCACUUUUCUGGAGAAGCACAAAAUUGACCUGAUGUAUGGCUGUGGUCCCUAAAAUGUUGCCAAAUGUUCGGUGCAUAUAUCUUUGAAGUGCUGUGAUGCCUGGAAGUGGAGCACUGCAGGUUGGCCUUGAUCAUGAUGCUGAAGUGUCUGCCACUUUCACUUGCAGAAUGAAGGAAGCAACCACAAACUGGAGGAGGAAACUAAAAUAUGGGAUGUGGUGUGAAGGAGCAGAAAGAAAAGAGGCUGGUGGGGGCAGGGCAAGAUCACAAAGGAUGUCUGAUUAUGAGAAAAAGCAGGUCUGCUUGCUGAAAUAGCAAGUAGUGAAGGUGAGACAGGCAAUAAAGAAGGGAGGGAGGUGAAAAGAGAAAUCAGAAGAAGAUAGUGUGGAGGAAAAUGUCACUGAGAAACAGCCGUGGAUAUAGCCUACAGGAAAGGAAAAAUAAUCAAGGAGAAAAUUCAUUUAAUCAGAGCAAUUAGGAGAUAAACUUUCAAUUUAUAGACUUGUAAACUUAUAAAAUUUAUAAACUAACUUUGUCAAUUAUGAGAUAAACUUUCAUUGAUAAGGCUGGAAAAAUCUUUGUCGUGAGGAGCGUGACAAAAAGACAAAUACCACCUCACUUAUGGUGAAAAGGGUGGGAAAAGAUCAAUGAGAAGAGAAACAAGCAAGUUUAGGUUGUGUGUACUUGUCAGAAAUACUUCCCACUUCUGUGGCUUCUAGAUCCAGAAUAUUUAACCAUUUCUUCAUGUGUCUCCUCUUUCUCAUCAUGUGCCUACACCCUUUUCAUUGUGUAUCAGCUGAAAAGGCAGAGCCUGACUGAAGCUGCACUGAGAUCUAAAUGGCCAGUGUCCCCCACUCUCUAGUUAAAUAUUCCACAUAAGCAGUUAAGUUUAGAAAUACAUAAACCUUUAUGUUGCACCAUUGGCAAAACUUGGUGACUAUACUUUUUGAUGCAUUUUUCAUGCGUGUGUGUGUGAUUUUCUCCUUUCCUUGGUUGGAAACAUAUGGCUCUUCUACAGAGAGCAUAUUACUGAAAAUGUAAUGGGGAGGGAGGUAAUUCAUGCUGGUCAAAACCUCAGCUUCAGACGUACCUGAUGUACCGUGGCAACAGAAAAGUCGAUUUGGUUUCAAGAAAAUGUCACUGAAGUGUUACUAUUUUCUUCCUACCUUUAUUUAUUGAGAAAGAAUUCUGAAAGUAUAUAUUUUCUGUUACUGAAUACUGACCUUCCAGAAUGCUUGAAAUAAAAACAGUUUUCAAAAAUC